UCGUUUUCUCUCCCCUCCCCCUGCACUCCUUCCAUUGCCAGGCUGCCGCUGAGCUGCGUCGCUCCCUCGCUCCUCCUGCUAAGCCGGCCCCAGGCGGACAAGCCCAGAGAAAGCAAUGGCUUCGCUCAAGGACAAACUCAUCACCUCGGUCGCAAAGCCGUCAACCCAGCCAAACAACAAGGUCACCGUUGUAGGGGUCGGUCAAGUUGGGAUGGCCUGUGCUAUCAGCGUCUUGGAAAGGGGUCUCUGCGAUGAACUUGCACUGGUUGAUGUCCUGGAAGACAAACUGAAAGGAGAAAUGAUGGACCUGCAGCAUGGAAGCUUAUUUCUUAAGACACAUAAGAUUGUAGCAGACAAGGAUUACUCUGUCACUGCAAAUUCGAAGGUGGUCGUGGUCACUGCUGGAGUCCGCCAGCAGGAAGGAGAAACCCGCCUUGACCUAGUCCAGAGGAACGUGAAUGUCUUCAAGUUUAUUAUACCUCAGGUUGUGAAGUACAGCCCCAAUUGCAUCAUCCUGGUGGUUUCGAACCCAGUGGACAUCCUGACCUACGUGACGUGGAAACUGAGUGGUCUCCCUAAGCACCGCGUGAUUGGGAGCGGUUGCAACCUUGACUCGGCCCGCUUUCGCUUUCUGAUGGCGGAGAAGUUGGGCGUCCAUCCCACCAGCUGUCAUGGUUGGAUCUUGGGAGAACACGGCGAUUCCAGCGUGGCUGUUUGGAGUGGCGUCAAUGUGGCCGGUGUUUCCCUCCAGGAGCUCAACCCCGCAAUGGGUUCUGACAAUGAUCCAGAGGGAUGGAGGCAGGUCCACAAGCAGGUGGUUGACAGUGCCUAUGAGGUGAUCAAGCUGAAAGGCUACACUAACUGGGCCAUUGGUUUAAGUGUUGCUGACCUGCUGGAGACCAUCCUGAAGAACCUUUGCCGAGUUCACCCGGUAUCCACCAUGGUAAAGGGGAUGUAUGGCAUUGAAAACGAAGUGUUCCUGAGCCUCCCGUGUGUGCUGGGCUGUGCCGGCUUGACCAGCGUGAUCAACCAAAAGCUGAAGGACAACGAAGUGACUCAACUCCAGAACAGUGCCACUACGUUGUGGAACGUCCAGAAGGAUCUCAAAGACCUGUAGGCAUCACAGGAACGUUUCCUGUUCAGCAACAAGAAGACAACCAACGCUCAAAGUCCACCGUACGCUUCUGCGUGAACCUCUCUAGUUUAAAUCUGUAACUGAGCUUCCAGUAACCAUCCCCAAUCAGUACAAGCUUUCAUACACCAUGGCUAUGAUGUGUGCUUAACGCAGCAGACCUUCUGAACAAAUAAAACCAGCUCUUUUGCGUGUGCUCAA